AUGGCGAUGAGAGGUGUUGAUUUCAAGUGGUUAGUCGAUUACACAACCGUGUUUAUCUUCCGCCUUUUGAUGUUUGUUGACAAUGGACUUGCUGCUGGACUUGCCUUGGAUUUUGGAAGGCAGCAGCGUGAUUCCCGGUUUUGUGGGAGAGUGGUGGUUUUGUCUAUCUUAGGUUUGCUGCUGUAUCCGUUCCUGUGGGUUUGGACUGUAGUUGGAUCACUAUGGUUUACAAACUCGAGAAACUGUUUACCUGAAGAUGGUCAGAAAUGGGGUUUCCUCAUUUGGCUGCUGUUCAGCUAUUGUGGACUCGUUUGCAUUGCCUGCAUGUGUAUUGUAAAGUGGUUAUCGCGAAGACGAGCACAUUUAUUACGUUCUCAACAGGGAAUUCCCAUUUCAGAGUUUGGUAUUCUAGUUGACAUGGUUAGGGUACCCGACUGGGCAUUCGAAGCUGCAGGACAAGAGAUGAGAAGUAUGGGCCUAGAUGCUGCUACGUAUCAUCCAGGGCUUUACUUGACUCCUGCUCAGAGAGAAGCAGUCGAAGCACUCAUUCAAGAACUUCCAAAGUUCAGGUUAAAAGCUGUCCCAACCGAUUGUACCGAAUGUCCUAUUUGCUUAGAAGAGUUCUAUGUCGGGAACGAGGUUAGGGGUUUACCUUGUGCUCAUAAUUUCCAUGUUGAAUGUAUAGAUCAAUGGCUUCGGUUAAACGUAAAAUGUCCACGAUGCCGUUGCUCGGUGUUUCCAGGCCUUGAUCUCAGUGCAUUAUCCAACCUUCAAAGCACAGAUGCAGAACAACAAUUCUCAAACACUCAAACAACAAUGGAAGCUCGAUACGUAAGAGGCCAAUCUCCAAGCCGGAGCUACUUUCUGAGAUUACAGGGACUUCUUCGUCCUAUACGCUUGGAGAACGCAAAUCCGAGGCUAGAAACCGCUGAUAGGGCUUUAGAGGUGGCAGAGAACGGUGGAGUUCAACCGCUUCCAGCGGAGCUAGACGGCCAAACUAGACGGUGA